AUGACAUCAUCUGUUCAGUUGGAUAUACCACCUCGCAGACAGUGGGCCCAUGGCCAUGGAUACUGUGGUGAGACUGUUGUGCAAUCUUUCGGUCUUUACAAUGGUGCCUGGAUAUCACAACAACUCGUUCGAGAUGUGAACCAUGGUGAAUACUUAAUUCAUCAUUUGACUCCCGAAGACGACCAACAACGACGGCCACGAGGAGGAGGAGGUGGAGGCGAUCCACUAGUCACACUCACGACAUUAAAAUUUUGCUACGACGCAUGGGAUCAUGAGAAUACACCUCAACCUCAGUUCCCUUCCUAUUGCUUGUGGAUUAAACGAUGUUUGCUUCAAGGUUUUCCCAUCAUGUUUCGCACGAAAUUUAAUGAGUUUUUUGCUGGUCACAUCAUGCCGAUAAUAGGCAUUGACUAUUCGAACGAGAACACCUAUGAUGAACGGGACAAUGUUUACUAUUACAGCCUCUUUAAUCGGGGAAUAAUCAAACAACCGCUAAGCGAACUUGGCAAUGAUCCAGGAGCGCUACCUUUUUGCUGCAACUGGGGCUGUGUACCUCUCAAUGUAUGCUGGGGAAUCGCUAUCACCGGAAUUCUCGACGAAGACAAGGUUUGCCUUCCUGUACGUCUUACUGUGGCUGAAUGGGAUGAGCCAUGUGCAGCCGAUGGUAUGAAAGCUCGUGAUAUGAUUGGCAAAGUGACUGUGCAAGCAUUGACGGCCAGGACACAAUACAUUCUUCUCCGUUACUCAUCAUACAUUGAUGUGCCUGUCAAGGGCAAUGCGGAGGCAUUUCUUUCCUCCAAUUAUGCAUCGAGACAUGACUUUACUGCCCAAGAUUACAUAUAUGUCUACGAAGAUCCAAUUCCAAUUAACUCGAAUGGAUCAACUUAUUAUCGGUGUGUGGCCAAUCCUCUAGCCACGUGA